AUGCCAGGAACCCGUCGCGCACCCCGCAAAUCCAGCGGCCCAGCCGCGAAAGGAACCCAAAAAACCCUAGCCUUCUCCAAUAACAGAGUCACCAAAUCCACCACCCAUCCCGUCGGCAAGCCCUCUUCCGAACCCCCCGCAAAGAAACCCAAGAUUGCAGAGGAGGAUGUGAAGGUUACAGAGGAAAAUGUGAAGCUUCCAGAAGUUGCGCAAGCACAAGUACAAUUCAAGACUGAUGAGGAGGAAAAAGCAAGUCAUAUCACCGAGGCGCAGAUCAAGAAGUACUGGCGGGAUCGAGAGGCGGAGAGAAAGGCGCCGAGGGUGCAUCAGAAGGAUGUUAGUCUUGAGGAGAAGAUUUUGAGGUUGUGGGAUAUGAGUUCGCAGUUUGGUGUAUGGCUCCCCUUUCUUUUCUUUCAAAGUCUUCUGUGUUGAGCAUUCUAAGACGUGGAGUGGGGAAGGAUCAGUAACUAAUGUGCAUAAAGCCAGCGAUAGGAUCUGCCCGCCAAAAACGAUGGUAUCGCGCGCAUAAGCUAGGGCUCAAUCCUCCUAUCGAAGUCCUCGCUGUCUUACUUAGGGAGGAAGAAAAGGGAAAUGCGAAGAUUGAGCGGGCCCACGUGGAUGAAUUGAUGAGUUCCAAGUUUGCGAUUGGGGAAGCUUAG